AUGUUUUCGGAGUAUGCGUCACGCUUCCUAGCUCGGUCCACUCUAAAAGACGGAGGACGACAAAGCCUAUACCCAACCAGCAAUGCGCCUCUUUUCUUCUCUGCAGCAGAUUACCCUACGGACGACCGGGAGCACGAUCAGGAAGUCUCAGCAAUAUACGCCCUACAAAAGAGCCGAAGAAACCUCUAUUAUUCUACGGAUCCGGACGAAGAAGAGGAACGGAAUGACAGUGACACAGGAUCGGUGAACGACGGUAUAAGAAGUAGUUGGAAUCCGGGCCGUUCUACACAUUCUAGUUCGAGCGAUGCUACAGAGACAGGUGGUAAUCACCUAGUUGACGUAAGCUUGGGAGAAGAGGAGCUAAGGCGAGAAGGGCACGAGGGCACGCUCUUAAACUCUGCCGGUCGGGUGGAUUCAUAUUCAGAGGCAUCGAGAGAGGUUGAAGACCCUAUACAUCCACCUAUACAAAAGUUUCGACCGCAGAACGUGAAGCAGACGGGACCUUUCUUCGAUUCGACAGGGAAGCCAUAUUCAGACCAAAACGAUGAGGAAGCUCAAAACAACCCCCAUGAGCCGCUCAACCCGUCUAAUCCCUUCGGUGAAAGGGAUGCUCAGGAGGCGGCCCCUUCGGACACCAUACCGCAACCGGUAGACCAAAAUCCACUAGCUCCUCCCCUUCAUGAUCGGAUAUGGACCAAGUUUUACGGGAUGUCAAUGGCCUGCAUGUUUGCUACGGCAUUUGUCGUCUGGCUCCACAAUGAAGAACCGAGUGGCUUACCGAUAGGUGAUUCGAUAUACACUGUCUUAAGACGAGCCAUGCCACUUCUAGCGGUAGAUACACUAGUUACUAUAUGUGUAGCUUUUGUGUGGAUGCUUUGCCUAAAGUAUUUCAUCAAGCCGCUUCUAUACUUGCUAGUCGUUUCGGUCCCGGCUGUCAUGAUCGCUUUGACGAUAUACCCGCUCGUAACUUCGCUGAAGGGGCCAUGGAAAGGCAACUCUUUCCAGGAUCACGUUAUGAGGCUCACCAGCCUUCUACCUCUUUGCCUGGCAAUAUUUUGGGUAUAUUUACUCUACCGCGGUCGGCAGGCCCUCCACAAGGCAACAUCUAUCCUGCAACUUGCUCUUACCAUUUUUGUCGACAACCCUGCUCUGUUAAUUUGCGGAAUUUUUGUUUUAAUUACGACAAUUGCUUUCAGUUGGAUUUGGUUGUUUUUGGUAAUAAGGGUGUUCUUGAAUGGGAGGAGUACUAUGAUUGGGGGUGUUCCGGUGUGGCAGAUGGAUGGAUCUGCAUGGGUUUUGGGUAGUUUCUUUGUGGUUGUGUACCUGUGGACACUCAAUAUUUUGUCUAAUCUUCAGAGGAUUACAAUAUCAGCGACAGUAUCGCAUUGGUACUUCUACCGCAAGUCUACAGGCACAUUUUCGCCAGCAGCGACCUUCUCCGCCGCUACGAACCACGCAUUGACUACUAUGUUUGGAACGGUUUGCUUUUCAUCGUUUGUGACAUUAAUGAUCCGGCUCCCGUUGCUCGUUUUGCCGAGCCGCAUAGCCUCGUUCGCGCACCUUUUGUGCUUCAACAUUGUCGCAUCGCCAAUUGCCGCACUUUCGGACCCACUAGCGGUGACGUAUGGAUCUAUUCAUUCAUUACCUCUCGUUCAUGCAUCGAGGCAAAUCAACCAGAUGAAACUCGUUAGCAUCGCGGCAGGUGCUGGAGCAAAAGAUAACCACACAAGGAACGCUUACCGCCUUGCAAAGAUGUUACUUCAUGCCGCUAGGUGGAUGACUUCGUUAGCAUUGGGUCUUGGUGCAUGGGUUCGGACGGCCCAUAUUACAAAUGGGGGGAGUCUUUACGGGUAUGUCGUUGGGUUAUUGGCUGGAACGAUCGGGUGGACGAUUUUGGGAACAGCGGAAAGGUCUUUGGCAAACAUCGUUGAUGCUUGCUUGAUAUGCGCGGCCAGUGAUAAUUCAAAUGGCAGGUACUGUCAGGAGGCGCAAAUGGCGUUUGAUGGGUUUUAA